CAACAAACGAUUCUCGACGACACGAUUGCAUCGCGCGCCGUCGCGUCUACAUACCAAGACGACCAAUAUAGCCCCCCCGCUCGUAGUGAGGUGCUUUCGCGACAGCGCUGGGCGCAUCGCAUCCUAUCGCUGGGGCUGUUCGCGCUGGACUCGCGAACUCUCUCUGCUGCAGCAGGCGCCCUUUGUAUACAGCAGCUCACCCUUUGGAUGGGGGAGCCGCGAAAAAAGGCAUUUCCAGCAGCGUAGCACAUUGCGCGUCGCCUGUUCACUGUGGCCGAUAGUCUAUUGAAGUCAGGGCAGGCGCGACUUACAUCAGAGCGUACAUGGCGUGCUGAGCGGCCCAGAUACCACGUUACCAUCCUUCGCGCCUCCAAACCAUGCAAGUCGACUUUGGCGAGGAAUCUGAGACGGAGCACAGUCUGCAUCUCACGGCCAGCGGGCACUACGAGCACGCGGGGACCAACAACACCCCGGCGUACUCGCCCUUUCGGCACUCAGGCGCUGGUGUACCAGCAAUUGAUCCGAGCCUUGACCAGAGCACAGGUGCCAACCGUAAUGGACACGGAGCUACCCACAACCACCUACUCCAACCCCAGAAUGCCUCCCUCGGCGGCGGCCAGCUGGCGCACAGCUUCUAUGGCGACAUGGCGCGCAGCUCACCGACUCCCUCCAACGCCUCGCCGCGCUUCUCCGCCAUGUCACCCACCAGCCAGCCAAAGCAGCUGACACCUUCCUUUGUGCCUGACGACCGCUCUCCUCCAUCGCGCGACGUGUCCGACGCGACCAUCGACAACGCCUUCGCCAACUUUAUACUAUAUUGCAACCCCAACUUCCCCACGUCCAUCGACACCACUGAGUUGGUGAAGCUGUUUCGGACGCCUCCUAAGAGUGAUGGCAACGCGUUUAGCGUCUGGACGUUGUUCGAGCUGAUACGCAAGUUCGACGCAAAGGAGAUUACGACGUGGACAAAACUGGCUUUGGACUUGGGCGUUGCACCGCCAGAUACCGAGAAGGGGCAGAGUACACAGAAAGUACAACAGUACUCUGUGAGGCUAAAGCGAUGGAUGCGUGCAAUGCACAUCGACGCCUUCUUCGAGUACCUACUUGGAAAGCAGCAUCCUUAUUAUCUACAAAUACCCCUACCACACAAUCCGUUUCCAGACGGAGGACGUGAUGGCGUGCCUCUAGAGGAAGACUUAGCAAUACGAGCACUUGACCCCAAGUUCAAGCCAAAACGCGGGCGACGGAAAGCUGACGAUGGCGAGGAAGAGAUGGAAGGGGAUGAGAGUGCACCCGCCCGCAAGCGCCCUCAAUUGGACACAUCAAUUCCGUUUGGAAACGCGUUGCAGCCUCAGUCGGCGUAUCCUACCAGUGCCCACCCUGACCAUAUGGGAGGGUUCUUGACACCUCAUGAUCCCUGGACUGCAGCAUCCGUCAUCACUCCAUCGUCCGCCAUGACGACGGAUUCAGCACCAAGUCGGAUGAAUCACAAGAAUCUGACCCCAUAUUCAGCUUCGCCUAUGGGAGGGCAACAGAUCCGCUGGCGUCUCAAUACACAGGACCAUCCAACCACGCCACAUCCACUCUCAGCUAUAACACCGCACUCUGCGCAUCCAUUUUUUGACGAACCACAAUCCGCAAUAACUCCUUCCAGUGCAAGGCCUCGCGCACGCCGUCGCCAUGGUCCUGCAGUCUCGUCUGCAUGGUCAAGCAACAACACUUCGUCGAGUGGAAAACUACGAGGGCGGCCGCCUAGUAAUCGGUCGGUCAGGGAUGGACCUUUCGUUACCUUUCCGGCAAACCCAAAGACGAGAGAAGGGCCAACGAUUGACAUGCACAGGAACCACGGCAACUUGACACCCAUUGUGGAACGCGCCCAAUCCGACCCUCCAGGACACGACCACUCAUUCCGCUUUCCACCAACACCUGCAUCUGCUGUAUCGCUGCAUGGAGAGAGUGCUUUACAUGGUGCAAUUCAAAGACCACACAGACUGAGUCUUCAGGUCCCGCAAAAUCUGGGAAAUCCCGUGAGGCUGGUCACACCAACCGUGCUCGUCAAUGGUGAACAGAACACAAGCCCUGGUACUGAUUUGGUUCCCUCGACGCUCAAUCCCAUCUCAGUGCAUAAUUCGCCAGCAUCUACGUUUGACCACCACAGUGGGCCAACACAUCACACAUACCACGGCUCUCUCACGCCUUCAGAAACACCAGCGCAACCUCGGCCUCCUCCUCCACGCCCACAAACUCAAUCUUCGCCUGCAGCACGUCCCCUCCCGAACAUGUCCCCUGAGACGCUGAAUCGCGCUCUCGCCGCAGAACUGAUCCGUGCUCCAUUGAAUGGCCGUCGAAAGCGUCUCCGUGGUACAGAAGCAAAAAACCUUGCCUCUUCAAUCCUACAACCUCUCUACGCGAAAGUCACGUCAGGUCCAGGGUUUCCUAUGAGUGACCAGAUGCUGAGCAUCGCAAUCAGCAGUUGUCUGGGUCUCACGGGUGCUGUUGGACUUGGCAUUGGUGGUCCCAAUGGAGGAGUGAGACGGGUAGAAUGCAUCAGAUUCCGUGUUGGGGGUGAUGGGUACGAGAGUCCUAUCGAAGAAGACGACGAGGAUACAGAGGGAAUGCACGAUGGGGCGGUCAAGGAGACGUUUGAUGUGUUCUUCGCCGUGACUUUUGGCGGACUCGCUGGCGAGUGGGUGGCGAAAGGACUUGUUGCUACAGUGGAUGACGGGGAAGGGAGUAUUGAAGAGGGGCAAGAGGACGGAAGGGAGGGCGUGGCGUGGAAAGCAAAGUUUUUGGAAGCGCAGAGGAAGCUCUGGGAGAGUCAGGAGGAGGUCAAGAGCUUGAAGGAUAAGAUUCUUGAGGCUGUAUUGUGAGCGGGUGUUGGGUAAGAGGUUGGAGGGAUCUUUGGUGCAUCUGGGUGGGAGUUCUUUUUGUUACAGGUGGUUGGUUUUGCUAUAUACCCCUCGUGUUUUGGUACUCGUUGGAUAGGUCG